UCGUUCAUAGGCUGACUUUGAAGAUGCACUCUCACCAAGCUGGGAGAACCUGAUGAGAGGCCAAGUUAACUUGAAGGAUGCUGUUGAUGGGACUAUAAGCUUUCAUGACAAGGCCAGGAACAGGGAUUACAAGCUCAAUGAUCAGAUAGCAAAGCUUUUUGUACGCCCAAGAGGCUGGCACUUACCUGAGGCACACAUUCUCAUUGAUGGUGAACCUGCCACUGGUUGUCUUGUGGACUUUGGCCUCUACUUUUACCACAAUUAUGCGAAGUUCCGCCAGAACCAAGGUGCUGGGUUUGGGCCUUUCUUCUACCUCCCUAAAAUGGAGCAUUCAAGGGAAGCAAAGAUAUGGAACAGUGUGUUUGAGAGGGCAGAGAAGAUGGCAGGGAUAGAGAGAGGAAGCAUCAGGGCCACUGUUCUGAUUGAAACACUUCCGGCUGUCUUUCAAAUGGAUGAAAUCCCUUAUGAGCUAAGGGAUCUCUCUGUUGGUUUGAACUGUGGAAGAUGGGAUUACAUCUUUAGCUAUGUCAAAACUUUCCAGGCUCACCCAGAUCGCCUACUACCUGACAGAGUUCAAGUUGGCAUGACUCAACACUUUAUGAGGAGCUAUUUUGAGCUCCUCAUCAGGACGUGCCAUAGGCGUGGCGUGCAUGCCAUGGGUGGCAUGGCAGCACAGAUUCCUAUUAGGGAUGAUCCAGCAGCAAAUGAGGCAGCAUUGGACCUAGUGAGAAAGGACAAGCUAAGAGAAGUGAAGGCAGGACAUGAUGGAACUUGGGCAGCUCACCCUGGACUGAUCCCAGUUUGCAUGGAAGUCUUCACUAACAACAUGGGCAAUGCCCCUAAUCAGAUCCAAACUGUGAAGCGUGAAGAUGCGGCUGCCUUAACUGAAGAGGACCUCUUGCAAAGGCCUAGAGGAGUCUGGACAAUGGAAGGUCUCCGGCUCAAUACUCGGGUUGGAAUCCAGUAUUUGGCAGCUUGGCUUACUGGAUCAGGAUCAGUUCCUCUUUACAACCUUAUGGAAGAUGCAGCAACUGCUGAAAUUAGUAGGGUUCAGAACUGGCAGUGGUUGAAAUAUGGAGUGGAAUUGGAUGGAGAUGGGCUUGGAGUGAAAGUGACUAAGGACCUAUUUGGGAGAGUGGUGGAAGAAGAGAUGACUAGGAUUGAAAGUGAGGUUGGCAAGGAAAAGUUCAAGAAGGGAAUGUACAAGGAGGCUUGCAAGAUAUUCACUAGGCAGUGCACAACACUAACAUUGGAUGAUUUUCUGACUCUAGAUGCUUAUAAUUAUAUUGUCAUACAACACCCCCAGGGAUCAUCCAAUCUCUAAAAUACUGGUUUAUCAUCUCCAUUUGUUGUUGAUCUGGUGUUUUUAUUGUGUUACUACU